CUGAAUACAAUACUUAUUCUAAUCAUGUCUGGACGUGGCAAAACCGGCGGCAAGGCAAGAGCCAAGGCCAAGACCAGGUCCUCCCGUGCAGGACUGCAGUUCCCAGUGGGUCGCGUCCACCGUCUGCUCCGUAAAGGCAACUACGGCGAGCGUAUCGGCGCCGGUGCUCCUGUCUACCUGGCAGCAGUGCUGGAGUAUCUGACCGCUGAGAUCUUGGAGUUGGCGGGGAACGCAGCCCGUGACAACAAGAAGACCAGAAUCAUCCCCCGUCAUCUUCAGCUGGCUGUCCGCAACGACGAGGAGCUCAACAAACUCCUGGGAGGUGUCACCAUCGCCCAGGGCGGUGUGUUGCCUAACAUCCAGGCUGUUCUGCUGCCCAAGAAGACCGAGAAGGCUGCCAAGAAGUAAAAUACAUCUCACGUAUAAUACCACAAAGGCUCUUUUAAGAGCCACCCACUUCUCCAGCAAAGAGUGUGAUUCUGCUUAAUAGAGAUUGAGGUACCCGAUGAAGUUAAGAGAUCCACAGUCAUUCACUUGUGAUCAAUUUCAAGUAUGAUGCUUAAAUAUAUAUUCCACAUUUUUUUUAUUUUUUUUAAAGCUAUCUCCCCUACUCAAUAGGUUAUACUCUCAAAUCAAAUCGUUUAUUUUAUAAAGCACAUUUAAAAUGUACCACAGCGGUAACUAAAGUUCUGUACAAUGGACAGGUUAAAAGAUAAUAUGAGGACUGAGCAAAAAACACAACAGAACAUGAUAAAAAUUAAAUAAAUAUAACAUAAACAUAGAAAAAGGUUUACAGUAAAAGCGCUUUUCUACCUUGUAAGAUACCCAAAUCCUGACCCAUCAGGAGCAAGCAUGAAGUGUCUUGCUCAGGGACACAACGGGCAUGAUGAGGUUGGUAGAGGGUGGUAAUUGAACCAGGAAUCCUCAGGUUGCUAGCCCGGCCAUUCUCCCAACGGCGCUUGCCGUCUAAUAGCCAGUUCUAGUCUAACA